GCUCCCACAUACACUGCAGCAGCCAGCAUCCCUUGUGAGUUGUUCUGGUCGGCGCCGGCCACGAGAUGGCAAGCGCCGUUGGCGGGCUGAUGGCCAGCAAGCUUGCCGAGCUUGUCUGGGAUGAGGCUACCCUGUUGUGGAGAUUCAAGGACGACGUGGAUGGCUAGAAGAGGACCAUGGUGAUGCUGCAAGCUUUGAUGCGCCAUGCUGACCGGAGGGAGGGCCAGGAUGAAGGAGAGAGACGAGAGAUCAUGCGGGUUUGGAUGAAGGAUUUCAAGGCUGCAGCCUACGACAUUGAGGACUUGCUGGAUGAGUUCGACGCUAUUGAACUCAUUAAGCAGGACCAACCCAAGAUUAAGCUAUUCUUUUCAUCCUACAAUCCAUUCCUGUUGCGGUUUACAUUAGCUCACAAGAUGAAGAAGGUAAAGGAAGUUUUAACCAACAUAGAGAGAGGGUUGUGGGACCCUUGAUCUGGUGCCCCAAGAUACAUCAAUGUGGGCUGAUGAGGUGGCUAGAAAUCAAGCUAUUAUUUCACCCACCAAUGGGGGCAUCGACAUUAUUAGAAUGGUAGGAAGGGAUACUGAAAAGGAAAAGUUAAUCAAAUUACUGAAAAGUGAAACUGAUGAGGUUGUCUCAAUCAUUCCUAUUGUUGGACUUGGUGGCCUGGGGAAGACACACUAGCCCAAUCAAUUUUUUUUUAUAAUAGAACCAAAACCUUUGAUCUACGGGUAUGGGUCUAUGCGUCUAAGAAGUUUGAUCUACAAAGAAUUGGGGAAAUAAUCAUAUCAACAGUGAGUAGGAGUACCAGUAUUGAGCCAAGCAAAUGGUACAUCGCCCUAAAAGAUGGCAAUUUGCAGUCCAUUACUGAAAUGUUGAAAAGUAUGCUCCCUACCAAAAAGUAUUUGAUUGUUCUUGAUGAUAUGUGGGAGGAAGGUGUGGAUAAUUUGGAAAAACUAAAGCAUAUGCUGCAAUAUGGUAGGAAGGGAAGCAAGAUCAUAUUAACUACACGAAUGCAACAUGUCAUGGAUAAAUUGGAUAUUGGUGCUCUAGCUAGUCAAGGAAUAAUCCGCCCUGUGCGCAAGAGUGACCAAAUCAAUUUAAGCAUUUUAUCAGAUGAUGACUGUUGGAAUGUGAUGCGACAAACACCAUUCUGGCAAGGUGAGGAUCUAUGUGGAUUAGAACCAAUUGGUAAACAAAUCGCCAAGAAGUGUGCAGGUCUACCACUACUAGCAUGAUCUCUUGGAUUUUUGUUAUCCCAACAUAAGUCUACAGAGGCAUGGGAAGAUAUAAGGGACAAGAAGAUUAUUUUGGGUAUGGAAGAAAAUACUUUGUUGCAAGAGCCUUUGGAGGGCCUCAUGUUGAGCUAUUACUACAUGCCGUUAAAGUUCAAGUUGUGCUUCACAUAUUGUGCAGUUUACGCCAAGGGCUUUACUAUCGCUAGUGACAACCUCAUCCAGCAAUGGAGAGCCCUUGGAUAUAUUCAAUCAAUCAUCGAUGGCAAACACUGUGUCGACUAUUUGUUGGGGAUGUCUUUUCUUCAAAUUUCCAAGACUUCUCAGAAUGCUCCAGAGGAUGCUGAAGGUCCCAACAAGGUGACGAUGCAUGAUUUGGUUUAUGAUCUUGCAACGAUAAUACUUGGCCAACAGUUAAUUGCUCUAAAUGAUCCCAAAGAAUUGACUCAGAACAGCCUUGAGAAGAAUUAUUACCGACAUAUUGAGUUUAUCAAUUAUCAGAAGCAGUCUAUUGAUCGGAAAAAAAUUCCAAGUAAAAUUAGAUCUCUCCACUUUACAGAGUGCGACAGAUUGCAGCUUCAAGAUAAGUCAUUCUCUAAAUGCAAGUAUUUGCGUGUCUUGGACAUAAGUGAAUGUUCCAUCCAAGGGAAAUCUGUCCCCAGCAACAUAUCGUUGCCAUCUUCCAUUCAUCAACUGAUGCUGCUAAGGUACCUCGAUGCCUCGGGCUUGCCAAUUACAUCACUUCCGAAAUCCUUCCAUAAACUUCAGAAUAUGCAGACACUAAUUCUGUCUAACUGCGCACUUGAAACCUUGCCUAAUAAUAUUGGUAGCAUUCUUAACCUUUGUUAUUUGGACCUAUCUGGCAAUAGCAGCCUCAAUAAGUUACCCGUGUCAUUUGGGGAGCUCUCUGCACUCCGGUUCCUCAACCUAUCAGCAUGCUCUAAAUUUUAUGAGCUACCUGAGUAGUAGAACAUAGUGUACAU